UUCUUCAUUGGCUUUUUCUUGUUCUGAUCAGAGGAUUCAGCAAGGUGCUCCUCGGACUCCGUGGAAGCGGCGAUCCCUUGCGAGGGGAUGAAGGAGACCCCGGAUUACAUCAGGAGGGGCGCCGCCCGCCACAGGAUGGCGCCCGUCGAGCUCUUCUCCGCCCCCUCGCCGCAGGACCCGUCGCCGCCGGCAGCACAAGUCGGCGCCGCGGUGGCCGGUGAAGAAGGCGGCAUGUCUAGCGCCAGCGCAGGCGGAGUGCGUGAGAAUGAGACCAUGGGUCGUCCAAGCGAGCAAGGAAGUCUCCAUGCGCAAGAGGGUAAAUCUGAUUGUUGCGGCCAGCUGAAGCAGCAGUACGGCUUGCUUCUGCGGGAGAAGGAAGCAUGUGGGAGGCUUCUUGAGGACCUGAUGAGGGAGAAUGAGCUCAAGACCAGAGAAUGCCGUGAAGCGGAGGAGUCACUCCAUGAUCUAAAGAUGGAGCUGAUGAGGAAGUCAAUGCAUGUUGGCUCUCUAGCCUUCGCAGUUGAAGGGCAAGUAAAGGAGAAGAGUCGAUUGUGUCAAUUACUGAAAGAAUUGAGUGAGAAAUUUAAGGUAUUGAAGUCAGAGCAUAAGAAUUUACGACAAGAAUCACUAGAAUACAAAAAAUGUGUAUUGGAUACUACACAAAUGUCCACAACAAUCCAGCAAUAUGUGAAUCAACAUGCAAAUUUAGAACGUGAGUUUAAAGGCCUCAAAGAAAAGUUUAGUGAGGAGGCAAAGGAACGCAAAGAUCUCUACAACAAGCUUAUGGAGCUAAAGGGUAAUAUAAGGGUGUUUUGCCGGUGCCGACCACUUAAUUCAGAAGAAAUAGCAGAAGGAGCUUCGACAGCAAUUGAUUUUGAGUCAGCAAAAGAUGGAGAGCUCAUUGUUAGAGGUCAUGUAUCUUCCAAAAAAGUAUUCAAAUUCGAUUCUGUCUUCAGUCCUGAAGAAGAACAAGAAAAGGUGUUUGAGAAAACUGCACCAUUUGCAACUUCGGUGUUGGAUGGAUUCAAUGUUUGCAUCUUUGCGUAUGGGCAGACCGGCACUGGUAAAACAUUUACGAUGGAAGGGGUUGAAGGUGCUCGAGGGGUUAACUACAGAACUUUAGAGGAACUCUUUCGGAUAAUCAAAGAAAGAGAGGGCCUUUUCCAAUAUGAGAUUACUGUCAGUGUUUUGGAGGUGUACAAUGAGCAGAUUCAUGAUUUGCUCCUGACAGGGUCUCAACCAGGCACAACAGCAAAAAGGCUAGAAAUAAGACAAGUCGCAGAAGGGGUUCAUCAUGUACCCGGGCUUGUUGAAGCACAUGUGACUAGCAUGAAUGAGGCCUGGGAGGUCCUGCAAACUGGAAGCAAAGCCAGAGUAUUUGGUUCCACAAAUGCUAACGAGCACAGCAGUCGGUCACACUGUAUACACUGUGUGAUGGUUAAAGGACAAAACUUGAUGAAUGAAGAAUGCACAAAGAGCAAACUAUGGCUAAUUGACCUAGCCGGAAGUGAGAGGGUGGCAAAGACAGAUGCACAAGGAGAAAGGCUGAAAGAAGCACAGAAUAUCAACAAAUCGCUUUCUGCGCUUGGUGACGUCAUAUCUGCUCUUGCAACCAAGACCCAGCAUAUACCCUUCAGGAAUUCGAAGUUAACACACUUGCUCCAAGACUCAUUAAGUGGAGAUUCCAAGACUUUGAUGUUUGUUCAAAUCAGCCCUAAUGAGAAUGACAUGGGUGAAACACUUUGCUCGUUGAACUUCGCGAGCAGAGUGCGAGGAAUAGAGCUUGGACAAGCAAGGAAGCAAGUUGAUGUUGGAGAAGUGUCAAGAUAUAAGCUUAUGGUUGGGAGAGCCAAACAGGAUAGCAAGAACAAAGAUGCUCAGAUUAAGAGCAUGGAAGAAACAAUCCAAUCAUUUGAAGCGAAGAACAAGGCCAAAGACCUGCUGACUAUGAAUCUCCAAGAGAAGAUCAAAGAGUUGGAAUCACAGCUGCUAGCUGAAAGAGAGAUAGCACGGCAGCAUGUUGACAACAAGAUCGCUCAAGAUCAUCUGCAGAAGCAGCGCAGCUUAAAAGAAGAGAACUCGUACCUGAGAAGCCCAAUGGCAGAGAGGAAUCUCAACUCCACAGCAGAGAAACCAGCAGCACCCAAAGACUUCGGGUUUGCAAAGCAGAUGUUCUCUGACAGCAACACAGACUCUUACAGCUUCAAGCAGCUGAUGUCUCUAGGGGAGGAAAAGGAAAACAACCCUGAAGCUGGGCAGCUGCUCCCGCCUACAAAAGCUAGAAGAGUCUCAAUGUGCAACGGUGGAGCCAACCAGCAGCCGGUGAACAAGGCUUCCCGUCGGAACUCGCUGAUACCGCUUCCGCCGCGCAAUUCACUGAUGCCACUGCCCACAGCCAAGCCUGCAGCAGCAGCGCCACCACCCCUUGACAGGAUCACAGAGCACUCAUCCUCACCACCGCUAUGCUCUCCUCCGGUUGUCUCCAACGACAAGGGAAGCCGGAGCAAGAGGAUCAACAGCAUCCUGCGGCGGAGCCUGCAGAAGAAAGUGAUCAUCAGGCCGCCAAUGGGGGCACAGACGGGGAGGAAAGCCGGUGCCGCUGCCCAGGGCACCGACAGCGCACGCAGGGCGGCACGGCGAGUGCCGGUGAGUAGUGGCGCCGCCGGGCAGAGGGUGCAGCAGAACAGGGACAAGGUGAGGGGGUGGAACAACGGGACAAGCUUCAGGCACUUCUGAAGAGACCGCAUCAGCACAGCUGAGAGAGUCUGUAGAUGGAGGUUAGGUGUUUAUAGCUUUGGGUGUGUCGAGUUCUCGCGUAGUGUGAGAGAACUCUGAAUUUCUUACAUAGAUUCAUGGUGAUUGUUCUGACUGUCAGACAGAUCUGUCUACGAAUUGUUGACGACUCCGAUCAAGUUUAUGAAUGCUUCUGAUUUGUGCAACGAGGCAAACAGCCCAGUUAAUAUUGGA